AUGUCCACUGAGCAUUUGCAAAAGCUCCUUCACGGUCCUGCUGGCAUACCACCACCGGGCGUGGAGCCCAACUUAGUGAAUCCUCCAAAUCAACGUAUAUCUGGACAGGCGGCUAUACUAGUCUGCGGUAUAGCGGCCUCCAUUACCUUGUUCAUGCGCAUCUACACCAGGGUAUUUGUUAUCCGCAAGACCAGCAUGUCCGAUUGUAAGAAUGCACAGAGGCACAUCGGAAUUGAUGUGGGCUUAUGCAUCGUCUGUUGGUUUGGAAAUGAUGCUGGACCCGGGGUUGACAUGUGGAAUUUGCGUCUAAGGGAUUUUAGAAGAAUGCAAUACUGGUUUCACAUAGGCUCGAUCAUAUAUGGUAUACCCAUAUUCUUCAUAAAAGCGUCUAUCCUUUUACAGAUCGUGGACAUCUUCGUGCCUGCCAGGAGGAACGACCCCAUCUUCCUCGAAAUUUUCGCCUGUCGUCCACUAAACAAGGCCCGGGACCCUCUCAUUAUACAUAGGUCCGGUAUGGACAUGUUUUUCCUCAACUGCAUUGCUAGCUCUGUGAAUGCUGCCUCAGAUUUGAUUAUCCUCGUCUUGCCACAAACGCGCAUUUGGAAAUUGCAUAUGCCGCUGUCUAGAAAGCUUGCUGUAUCAACGGUCUUCUUAUUCGGUAUAAUUGCUUGUAUCUCGUCUAUCGUGAGACUAGCAUUCUCCGUACGUCUAAUGCAAAACAAGGAUAACAUAUCCUAUUACAGUUGGCUUGUGGGAUUUUGGCCGCAACCAGAGAUAGCAUCAGGAAUUGUUGUUGCCUGUCUUCCAGUGUUGCCCAAGCUUUUCAACAGCCUGAAGCAGAACAACCGUACAGCCCGGAUGAAUAGAUCUCUUCAUGGACUUCUUUCUUCGUUAUCAUUCGGAAGUAGGAGAGGUACAUGACCCAGCAGGAUCGUAUCUUGUGAGACAGCCACCAAGUCUUGUCAAGUCGUCCAGAUCAAGGACAGUCACUCAGAUGACUAUCCGCUUAUUUCUUUGACGAAUGGCAAGUAUGCAGAGUAGCUUAUGGUUUGCAUCGAGUACGAAGUAUUGUCAUGGUUGAAGUGGAACACAU